AUGUCUACACCCGCGCCCUUACGCACGCUACCAAGUCCAAAGUCUAGGAAGAUGGACAAUCCAGCGACGAGACUGGCUAUGGCGGCGGCGAUGACCCUAGUGACGCGCAAGGUCAGCUUCUGCCCGUUCGCGGAUGCGUCUCGCCGGUGCCCGAACAUCGUAAGCGUCGCGCCGCGAGUCCUCCAGCAACUUUCCUGCAGAACAGAGCUCCAGCUCGACCAAAUCCUGGUCAGCCGUUGCUUGUCUCCGAAUACAGCGGCCAAGCACCAGGAGAUGGAGACGUCCGACAAGCAGCUCGCGCCGCCUUGCAUCGCAGUCACCACCUCCGAUACGACGCACUUUCGGGCCACAUCGAAUGCAUCGCAGUGCCAGUCGCCACAAGCGGAUAUCGUACGUUCUCCGGUCCUCCACCUUAGGUGUGGACACACACCUAGGACGGAGAGCCAGAGGGAGAAGGAGAGAGCACUGGAGAUCGAGAAAGUCAAGGAAGACGAGCUCGAUGAAGAGCCCCAGAAGAGGCAUGCUGCGGACGAGAACGCUUUCCCCAGCCGUAGCGAACACGACGAUAACGAGCGUAACCAUGAAGGUCCCAGGCCUAAGCACAGCAGACGCAGCCCAGUCCGCCCGUCCUUCUGCCACUCGUCUUGCCAUGUGGAGAACCUCGUUAUUCCUCCUGCCUCUGCAUCAGCCGCACCGGUCGCCGCGCCAGCAUCCGCAUAG